AUGCCCUGGUUCUCCCAACAACAACACUUUGCAUGCCCAUUUCCAUAUAUUCCAUCUACACUGGGUGGGGUUCGUCGACGGAGUGGUUGAGAUUUAGAUUUGCUCAGUCACUCGACUCCAAUCAUUUGCGAACGGUCACAGCCCCGACCUCAACCUGGCAGGACCUCGUCUCCGUCGCCCGUAGCAGAAGACGAAGGAGAUGGCAAUAAAGGUAGAUUUUGUUGCUUUCCCAAGGAUCCGCUGGACGAUGUUGAGGUUUGGAGCGAAUCCGUGGAUAAAGUCCUCGGUUGCAAAGCCGGACAGAUAGCGUUCCGGGAGUUCCUGAAGUCGGAGUACAGCGAGGAGAACAUCCUGUUUUGGCUCGCCUGCGAGGACUACAAAAAAAUCAAGACUGUCCCGGAGAUGAUCUCGUCCGCCAACAGGAUCUACUCUGAGUUUGUCCACCCGGAAGCACCCAGACAGAUCAACAUCGACUGCACUACCAGAGAAAACAUCACAAAGAACAUCUCCCAGCCGACUCUGACGUCUUUCGACACGGCGCAGAAGCUCGUCUACAGCCUGAUGGCCAGGGAUUGCUACCCGCGCUUCCUAAAAUCUGACAUCUAUCAGGGACUCCUGAGGAAAGCCAACUCCAGGUGACUGUUCCGUUGGAAAAGGUCCCGUGAAAACCUCCUGCUGGGCUGCGAUGCUGCGUGGAUAACCGGUUUAUCCCGCACCGUCCUCAUCCUGGAGCAUAGGGAAUGUAUCUUUACUUCUUCUCAGCCUGUGUGGUUCUGUAGUGAGUUGCAGCUCUAGAGAAUUUACUGUUUAUUUAUGUUAAGACGAAGCUAAUCCUGUAGGAAACUGUGCAAAAUACAUCUUCCACGAUUAUCUAUUUCUUCUAGUCUGACUACACAGAAUCAGUUCCUUUAUUGUAAAGUAUUAUCACAACUUUGAUUGAUUAUGCAGAAAGAAAUGCUGAUUUGUUCUGCAGGUUUUUCUCUCCAUUUUAAUAUGCAAACACAUAGUUAUAUCUAUCUGCUUUACCUUCUGUUUAAAGUGUAUUUCUGUUUGCAGCUUUAAAACAUCUUACAAACUAAA